AUGGUGGUGUUUGAUUUCGACAUCGACGACCCCGCAGACGACCUCGAAAUAUCGGUCUCUGAUCCUGCAAGCCAAGCGGCUGUGAAUGAUACAGCAAUCAAUCAAGAUCCUUUCACCGAAGUAUCGCUGCAGCAUCUCGUAGAUUGUCUGCCUUCGCUUAUUUCGUGCUCGCCGCUUUCAAUACCACUGUCUUCUGGCGGUGAAGUGACGCUCGCUCGGAGGGAUUUAUUUGAUGCACGAUUCCAGCUUAUAAACGACGAAGUGAACGACGAGCAGAAGGAUAACUCACCGGAAUUAGGCUUUCUCAAUGCACCUUCUGAUCUCGUUCAAGGCGUAUACGAAGGGGGUCUGAAGACAUGGGAAUGCAGUCUUGAUAUCGUUGAUUAUCUGCAUGCAGAGAACCCAGUAUUUGAAGGACGGCGGGUGUUCGAGGCCGGUUGUGGGACAGCCGUCCCGUCUGUGUACAUCCUGCAGAACCUAUUUUCUGGUCUGCCCCACGGGAAGGAAACACACCUCCAUUUGCAGGACUAUAACGCCAUAGUCUUUGAGCUCCUUACGCUUCCCAAUCUCAUCCUUGCUUGGUACAUGUCUCCAGCCUCCAAAGCCUACCGCGAUGCAGCGGCACACCCUUCUCCCGAUGAGACUCCGUUGCCACCCGCCGACGCUUCCAUUCGUGCAGAGAUACCGAUAACGCUAGAAUUAAAGACGGCAUUCCUAUCAUCACUGGAAGCAUAUGGGAUACGGCUACGAUUCUUCUCUGGAUCGUGGAGUUCCUUUGACCUCCAUCAAAGCGGUGGAACGUACGAUAUCGUCCUCACAUCAGAAACUAUCUAUCGUACGGACAGUGUGGGGUCUUUGAUUGAUUUGUUGCAAUCAGUAUCACCCACGGUGGACAGCUUGACGUCCCGACUGUCUAUCUCUGACGGAGAGAAUAGCUCUCAGUCAUACUUGUGUCUGGUUGCAGCUAAAAUUUUCUAUUUCGGGGUAGGUGGAGGCGUCACAAAUUUUGUAGAAGCCGUGGAAGAGAAGGAAGGAAGAGUUGAGACGGUUUGGGAACAGAAAGUGGGCGUUGGACGGAGAAUUAUGAGAAUUCAGUGGUCGUAA